CCAAUACCUCCUAUUGAUAUAACUAUGAACAAGUCGUGUAAAAUGGAGGACGACAAUUACCAGUUCAUGUAGCGAUGGUAAUUAUUAUUUGCUGAAUAAAUAGAAGAUACGUCUCGGCUUCAACAGCCGUGAAAACGACAUUAAAGUCGGCAUAAGGCUGAUCAAUAACAGACAAUGAGAAAUAUCUUUACACUCUACACUAUAUGUAUAGGUAAAUUGAUUAAUCGAUUUCGAAGGACAUCUUGGGUUGGAUGAGGGUUCUUAGAUUUUUCUUGAGAGGUCCUUCGUCUCAUUUUUUUUCCUUGUGGUGAUUGGGAAUUCCUCUGAAGAAUUCAUAGGAAGUUUUAAAAUAGGUGAAACGAAGCCGAGACCUUGGUCGUGUCGACCAAAAGAUUGUGCAAUGAACAACCGGUCGCUCCUUUAUAUUUGCAUGUGAAUAAACUCAAUUGGCGACACUUUUGGUAUACAAUAAGAUAAUCUGAGAAGACAAGACAUUUUUCACAGCUAAUGAUCACUAAUCCAUCCCGAGCAAUGUCACGCUUCACCUAUGUUCUGGCUAUUGUCCUUUGUGGCUAGUUUUGGUUUUUGGUGAUAAAUCCCUGGUUGGCACUUCCGUUAGACGAAGACACUGCUUAUCAACGGUGGCCCCGAUGCUUCCGUAUGCAGAACGACUUAUGGUGGGGGCUGCUGUGCCCCUUCUUUGACUUCCUAUAAAAACACCAUCGGUCAUCGGAAGUUCUUCAGUUUUUGCUUGAAACUCAAUCCCCAAUUUGUACCAUUUACUGAACUCUGCGUCUCUGGAUAUUUUAUCCAACACAUAUUAAGAGUUACAUUUUAUUAUCAAAGAAAUCAUGAUUAGCAUAACAUUCCUUUUGAUCUCCACCGUUAUUGCGACGAGUACUGCCUGGCCUUUUAGGCGUCGCGACGUCUUCGAUAAUGCCAUCGACAGUCCCGACGGACCUAUGGCGCAUUUGACGCAUCUCGAGGAAGUACUUUACGGUCUGCCAAACAAUGAUACGGGAAUAAAGGUGGCUGAGUGGUCCGAGGAGACAGGAGUUAAUCCAGAAGAACUUGGAGAGUAUGCCGAGGGCGAUAUCCUGUUUCCAGCAGGAAUGGGACGCAACGGACUCAAAGCGGAAACAGCGAGAUGGCCAGGAGGUGUCAUUCCCUACAUGAUCAGUCCUUACUUCAACGCCCAACAACAGCAACUAAUCACAGACGCCAUGCAAGAGUAUCACAAAAAUACCUGCAUCAAGUUCAAGCCUUACAAAGGCGAAGAAAAUGAUUACAUUAGAAUCACUGCUGGCAACAGCGGAUGCUGGAGUAGUGUAGGACGUAUCGGAGGACCCCAAGACGUUAAUCUCCAGGUACCUGGAUGCGUCACAAAGAAAGGUACAGUGAUCCACGAGCUCAUGCACGCCAUUGGAUUCCUUCACGAGCAAAACCGUUACGAGCGCGAUGACCAUGUUAUCAUCAAUUGGAAUAACAUUCAGACUGGACGUGAAAAUAAUUUUGAAAAGGCCAGCAAGGAGACUACCGAUGCCUUUGGUGUUGGGUACGAUUAUGGUAGCGUGAUGCACUAUUCCUCGAAUGCCUUUUCCAAGAAUGGCAAACCAACUAUGGAACCCAGGGAACCUGGUGGACUUUUGGGUCUUAUUGGAGAAAUAUUCCAGGGAAAGACAAAGGCCGUUCUCGGUCAACGAGAAGGAUUCAGCAAGAAGGAUAUACAGAAGAUACGCCGGAUGUACAAGUGCAACAAGCGCAGACGUAGUUACAAUUAAUUCGUAUCACUAAUUUACAACUGUUAUUAAAAAUAAUUAAUCGUCUUGUCUUAAAAAAUUUCAAUACGUAUUUUAAUAGUCAUCGAGUAGAGUUAAGGUCGAUCGACUAUCUUGCCGAUUUUUUUUUGUGGACAUAUAUAUGAAUGUAAUAUGUGAA